AUGACUAGACAUAACCUCGACGUCCAUAUUUCUUGGUUGUUGUCUCACAAAGUCACUCCGCCCGUGGGGGGCGUUUCUGUUGCAGUCCGGACGAAUUCAACAUCUGCGGCAGAUAUUACUGAAGCAGAAGCAAACUUUUUGGAGGAGGAAAUAGAAGAAAUACCAAGGGAUUUUACUACACCCGUUGCAAAUUACCAGGCUACCCAGACGGUCAAUGUUGUUCAGUCUUUUGUUCGCCCGCCGCUCCCUUCAUCGAUUGCUCCACAACCACAAUUGCGAGACUUGAUAAAUGCACAGGCAGACGAGUCAAUGGGAAAGUUGGCUUCCGCACAAAGGUCAACCAGACCAGGUCUUUUGAGCCAACAUCAGCUUGCUACUCCAGCAUCUACUACUGCCUCAAACUCCACCUCGAAGUCGAAAUCGUCCUUGACGCAAUCCUUUACGAAUUCCUUUCGAGAUAAGACCGGUAAAUCCAAACAGACUUGUGUUGCGACAUCUAUCUUACAAUCGCCUCUAGAGACCCCUUUUACGAAACCCACGGCAGGUCUAGAUACUCCUUCUGCAAGACCUACAGCCGCCCGUUCACUUUCCAAACCUUUAAGACCCUUUCAAACCCCGCAAACCCCUCGACAAACCCCUGUACCGUUAAAGGGACUCAAUAUCGGAACCAUCAAAUCUAUCGAUCUUACUGGGGAUAGCUCUAGUGAUGUUCCUACCUCUCGUUCAAGCAGCACAGAAGGGUUUGGAGAACCGGUGACGCUCUGGCGAGAGGAUUCGGCAUGGAGGCCGGAGCCUCUUGUUCGUGUUUCCAAGAAACGCAAGAGUAAUGAAAUAUCGGCUGGGAGCCCUCAUAAGAGACCGGAUGGUGAACGAAAGACGGGACUUAUGGAGAGAGAUCUAGUGGACAAUAAUGACGGGUUUAUGGAUAUCGAUUCCUCGGACGAUGGCGCCCUAAACACUCAACGCCCGCGACCGAUGCUUAUGGAGCCUCGAGCUAGAUCAGUACAACCAAGCGUUGAACAUCAAGAUACUGAUGAUAGUGUCGAGGAAUUCCAGAUCACCGAAACUAUAAGCCGAGUUGAGACUCGCACUCGGAAGAGUAUCAGCCGGGUACCCUCAGUGAGCGACGUUGAUCCUAUUAGAUCGACAUAUCCAGCUCCUAUUCCCUUGAAGAGAGCCGAAUCAAGACCGAAAACUGUAACAACUCCAAAAUCACGGUCGACAGUUCAAGUUGCCGCAUCCCCCAUAAAGAAAUUUGAAUCUCCAACGCCUCAAAAACCACGGAAAAAACGACUCGAGAGAACUAUUCAAGACUCUGACGAUGAUGACGAUGUGGUAUUAUCAGAUGUAGAGAAAAGGGCCAGCUGUUCUUCUCGGACCUCUAUGAAAAAUAGUCCUCGGGUUGCAAAUACCCCUGGGGUGUCCAGAAUGCGGGAAGUACCAGAAUUUGAACGAAGCAGCCCUGUAGGAAAUGAUUAUAGAAAUUCAAAACCAAGAGUAGGGAGUCCACUACGCCCUAUAUCACGGAAUGUUGCCACCAGGCAAGAAAAUGCCGCUUCUCCCUUCCACCAAGACUCGCCCACCAAGGAAGCUUCUGUUCACAAUCCACUGUUACAACACUCAAGCCAGCACACACCUUCAUCUACCCUCACUUCAGAUGACAGGAGACUUGUAAAUUUGUAUUUGACGAAACCUAAAACGAUUGCGACCUACUUCACUCGUGUGGAGAACGUGCUCCAGCAAAACUCUGUCACUUCAAUGGAAUACAAUGACAAGGAUGAACCUGCUCCCAAGCAGCUAAUUGAAGAGCGGAAGACCUUGCUAAACAAAAAGAGGGCAUAUCUAAGCCUAGAAGGUAUUGCAGAGCGCCACAGGACUUUGGUAGCCGAAAAGAAGGACAUCACUCGAACUCUAUACGAGCUGCUUGAUUCGGGCGUCGAUACAAGUCUCCAGGACGAACAAAACGCAUCACUUACUCAAGUUAUUCGAAAGCUAGAAACAGAAGCAUGUCAGCUCUUGUAUCUCUCCGGAGCAAUCACAGAUGGUUUUGGUACAGGUUUAGAUCUUGAAACCGAGCCAGUGCAUCCAGCUGCCUCAUUGAAACCAGACGAGGCUGCUUCGAGCAUUAUUGGUAGUGCUCAAAUUGUUCUUCAGACACAAGUCCCCCCUUUGCCGCAGAAGGCAACGUCAAGUUCCGUUCAGUAUAUAGCAGAAACAUCGUCCCGAGGCGAAUUCAACCAGAAGACCACCAGUAUGUCUCGCCAGGCAACUCCAUCUCCUAUACGGCGCGCCGAUUGGUCUCGAACCUUCACCGACCAGCAACCAGACUUAGGGCCUCCAGCCGAGUCAGCUCCAACUGACAGAGUCUUUCGGCAGCCAAACUUCUAUCGUAACCCUUCUCCUAUGGACUGUGGUAUGGACGAUGAUGACUUUGAUGCCUUGCUUGAAGACGAGGCUCAGGAGCUGUAUCAGAGUUCAAAUUUCAAGGAACAGGUAGCUGGCGAUGCCGACGACGAUUACGGAGAUGAAAACUAUGAUGAUAUACUCGAGUUCGCCCAAGAGGUUGAGCGUCAGUCUUUGGCAAUACCGCCUGUAGGUCGUACGACACAGAAGCCAGCUAUAUCUGAAACCAGCAAGCGCCCGGCCUCCGCCAAGAAAACAAUGUACUCUAUCAUGGAUCCAGCUCAUCCAAGCAUGUUGUUUAGGUAUUCUUGGUCUGCUGAUGUCAAGAGAGCUCUUAAAGAGCGCUUCAACCUUCGAGGCUUUCGACAGAACCAACUGGAAGCCAUCAAUGCCACCUUGGGUGGAAAAGACGCCUUCAUUUUGAUGCCGACGGGAGGUGGCAAGUCUUUGUGUUAUCAAUUGCCGGCUGUUAUUACAUCUGGGAAAAACCGAGGAGUGACCAUCGUUAUCUCGCCGUUACUCAGUCUCAUGAGUGAUCAAGUCGACCAUCUGAACAAGCUCCAAAUACAAGCUGUCUUAAUCAAUGGAGAAAAGACGCAAACGGAAAAAAAUCUUGUUUACGAUGCACUCAAAGGUCCAUUCCCGGACCAGUAUGUCCAACUGCUUUAUGUAACUCCAGAAAUGAUAGGGAAAAGCGGUGCACUCAUGAGCGCUCUUACCGGUCUGCAUCGGAAGAAUAAGCUUGCCCGGAUCGUUAUUGACGAGGCACAUUGUGUUAGUCAAUGGGGCCACGAUUUUCGACAAGAUUACAAGACUAUAGGCACCAUAAGGUCAAAGUUUCCGGGCGUGCCUUUUAUUGCCUUGACGGCGACAGCCACUGAAAAUGUCAAGACUGACUGUAUCCACAACCUUGGCAUGGAGGGCUGUGAAGAAUACAAGCAAAGCUUUAACAGGCCAAAUCUUUACUACGAAAUCAGGUCGAAGAAGGGAAAAGGUGCUAAUGCCGAGAUUUUGGAAGACAUGUCGAGCCUGAUAUUGAAAAAAUACAAGGGUCAGACAGGGAUAAUUUACACACUAUCAAGGAAAGGCUGUGAAGAGCUGGCAGAGAAACUGCGCUCCAAAGGAAUCAAAGCUCAUCAUUUCCAUGCCAGUAUGGACCCUGAGGAGAAGGGUGAUGUUCAGCGAGCUUGGCAAGCUGGAACAUGGCAAGUGGUUGUCGCAACGAUUGCCUUUGGCAUGGGCAUCGACAAGCCCGAUGUUCGUUUUGUCAUCCAUCACACAAUACCAAAGAGCUUGGAAGGCUAUUACCAAGAAACAGGUCGAGCAGGGCGGGAUGGAAAGGAUUCUGGAUGUUAUCUCUAUUACGGCUACCAAGAUACGCGUAUUCUUAAACAAUUCAUCGAGGACGGGGAAGGCACUGAAGAAGUCAAGGAGAGACAACGGGACAUGCUGAAAAGAAUGGUCCAAUUCUGCGAGAAUCGACAUGAUUGCCGCAGAGUCAACAUUCUCUCGUACUUCGGCGAAGCGUUCGCAAAAGAGGAUUGCAGACACAAAUGUGACAAUUGUAACUCCGAUGCUGUCUUUGAAUCGAGAGACAUGACGAGCCAAGCUCGGGCAGCUAUGAACAUCGUCAAACAGAUACAAUCCGGCAAUUUUACGCUCCUCCACGCGGUGGAUAUUUUACGCGGUCAGAGCAACGCGAAAAUCAAGGACAACAAUCAUCAAAGCUUAACUGAAUAUGGUGCAGCAAAAGAUCUACCUCGAGGUGAAGCGGAACGCAUUUUCUCAAGAUUGCUCAUGGAGAAUGCUCUGAAAGAGGUUGUCAUAACUCGAAGAGGUUUCCCUCAACAAUACAUUCAUUUGGGAACGAACUUUCGGGACUUCCUCUCUGGUCGUCGCAAGUUAACAUUGAUGCUGAAAGUAUCAGCGUCGCCAAUAGGGCCCGAAAAGAAUGCCCAAAGGCAGGCUAAAAAGGCUAGCGGCCCCAGUAUUCCACGAGGCUCGACAGCUCAACCUCAAUCGACAAUGUUCACAUCACCCGCUUCCCCUUCUUCACGGAGAAAUAAUACAAAGGGGAAGAACCGUAUGGUCGAGGUCAACGACGACGAUGAUUUCUUUGCUUCAAACGAAUCCGACGCUUUCGAACCCAUGCCUCCCAAAGCCACACGCAAAGUUCGGCAUGCAUUGCCUUUGGGGCCCCCAAUUACGACAGAUGACCGCUUGAAGGAUCUUCCAGACCUUCAUCGAGUCAGCGUUCAACAAUUUCUUGACGAAGCUAAGGAGUCGGAGGAAAGACUUCGAAACGGGAACGGCCAUUCUAGGCCUUACUUUACCGAUAACGACUUCCGAGAGAUGGCUAUAAACUGGACCUUGACUAUAGAUGACAUGCUCCAAAUACCAGGAAUCAACGAAGAUAAAGUCCAACGGUAUGGUAAAAGAUUCCUACCGCUGAUCAAGAAGUAUCAAGUUGGCUAUGAUGAGAUGAUGGCUUCCAACGAUGAUAGAGAUAUGGAUCAAAAUCAUAUGAAUGUCAUCGACCUAUGUAGCGAUGGGGAUGAUGACGAGUACGAUGAAGAGGGUGACGAUCACCUAUCCCAGGCCGAGCAACCGUCCAAGUACUUCGCAUCGGCGCAAGUUCAAGCAUUCAACGCCCAGAUUGCCCAAGCUGCACAGUUACCUCAGCGUAGCCAUCCUAAGCCGGAAGCACCUAAAAAGCCAAGAGGCGGGUCUAGGGGUAAAGGCAAGGGUUUCAAACGAGGCUCUCGGAAGAGUAAUGACUUGGCUUCGGGGUCUGGAUCUGGAUUCCGUGGUGGUCGGAGCAACUCGGGUGUUUCCAAGAGAGGCGGGUCUCGAAAAACAUCUGCUGCUGCUAAGAGGGGUGGUACCAGUGCCGGCUACCAGAGUUCAAACAUAAUGAAAUCGUUUGGCAGACCUAAUGGAGGUGACGGUGGCGGUAUGGGUGGAGGAAGUAUUGGUAUGAUGCCAACUUAG